UAUUAUUAUUAUUAUCGUUCUCGUUCUCGUCGUUGUCGUCGUCGUCGUCGUCGUCGUCAACAACAACAUCAACGUCUUUUCCUUAAAGAUGACUAUAAUAGUCUUUUUGAUCGACACGUCGGCCUCCAUGAAUCAAAGGGCUUAUUUGGGCGGCCGGCCCACACUCUUGGACGUGGCUAAAAGCGCUGUGGAGACUUUUGUGAAGGUACGACAGAGAUCGCCAGAGAGUCGAGGAGAUCGUUACAUGCUGUUGACUUUUGAAGAUCCGCCCCAGAAUAUUAAGGCAGGAUGGAAGGAAAAUUUGGCGACUUUUAUGAACGAAUUGAAGAAUUUACAAUGCACUGGUUUAACAACACUCGGUGCUGCCUUGAAGCAUGCCUUGGAUGUGCUGAAUAUCAAUCGUAUGCAGACUGGUAUAGACACAUAUGGCCAGGGAAGAUGCCCAUUUUACCUAGAGCCGUCAGUUAUAGUUGUUAUAACAGAUGGAGGAAAGUAUACUACUAACAAUGCAGUUAAUCAGGAUUUUACAUUACCAAUGCACUCGCCAAUACCUGGAUCUGAAUUGACCAAGGAGCCGUUUAGAUGGGAUCAAAGGUUGUUCUCCUUGGUGCUGCGAUUAUCGGGAACACCAGCUGUUGAACGAGAUAUUGGCCUCGUGGCGAGCGAUGCGUCACCUAUAGAUGCCAUGUGCGAAGUGACUGGAGGUCGUUCUUAUUGUAUCACGUCGUUCAGAAUGAUGAUACAAUGCAUAGACUCUCUCGUGCAAAAAGUCCAAUCGGGAGUGGUGAUAAACUUCGAGAAAAUCGGCCCGGAUCCGCCACUGUUGGCCAACGAGACGUUACACCAAGACGAAGAGGAGAAUGAGGAGGAGGGCAACUCGUCGAAUGGGCCUCGGACACAGUAUCCCAGCGCGAUGGUGCCGCCGGGCAACACGGCCUGGCAUUCUUGUCGGCGAUUGAUUUACGUGCCGCGUUCAGCGCAAAAGGGCUUCGCGGUUGGAUUCUGGCCGAUUCCUGAAAGUUUCUGGCCUGAUCUAAGCGCUAGCUCAUUGCCGCCAAGAUCAGCACAUCCUAACGUAAAGUUCACUUGUACUAGCCAGGAGCCAAUGGUGAUCGAGAACCUACCUUUCGACAAAUAUGAAUUGGAGCCGAGCCCGUUGACACAGUACAUACUAGCACGGAAGCAACCGACGAUCUGCUGGCAGGUCUUCGUCGCGAACUCUUACAAGUCGAGCGAGGUCGGCCAUCCGUUCGGCUAUCUAAAGGCCAGCACAAAUCUAACUUGCGUCAAUCUCUUUGUUAUGCCUUACAACUACCCCGUACUGUUACCUCUACUGGAAGAGCUCUUCAAGGUGCACAGAUUAAAACCGACCAACGAAUGGAGGGCGCAGUUCCAAAAUUACGUGAGAACUAUGCCCACUUAUUACGCUGCUUCGCUAAGAAGAGCGUUAACCAGGAUGGGCACGCCCACAGCCUUAGCUCAGACGCUAAUACCGGACAGUAUGGACAAUACUCUGUCGUACAGUGUCUUGAAUUACCUGAAGCGUAUGAAGAAUCAAGCCAAGAUCGAGUUCGAUCGUCUUUGCAACGAGGUGAUCUCCAAGCAAGUUACGGCUUCGAAUCUUACGAAAAACCUGUCCAAUUGCGGGACAAGCGCGGUGACGGAAGGAGUAAGAGUUAUGCCGAGAACGCCAUUAAAGAAGGAUCUGGUGUCUCAUCCCUUAUUGCAAGACAAAUUCACUGGCUUGCGCGAUCAGCUGAACGAAUUCGGUGGUUUCGUGGUUGGACUGGUGAGGAACCAGCAACAGCAACGUGGUGCGCAUAGUUACAGAAACGCAUUCGAUGUCCCCAGGAAGUCUCUUCUCGAUCAAGUAGUGAGGAUGCGGGCGAACUUUUUACAACCUGGUUUGUUACACACCAAGUUGCUUGACGACGAUUACGUUCACUCUAUGCCUUUAGCUCAGAUGGGAAAUUAUCAGGAGUAUUUGAAACGGAUGACACCACCGCUACGUGAGAUCGAGAGCAUACCAGUCAGGCAGCACAUGUUCGGUAACCCUUUCAAGAUCGACAAGAGAAUGAUGGUGGACGAAGCGGACAUCGACAUUGUGGGCACGACGUCGUCCACGUCCAAGAGUGGUCUCAACAAGCGCACCUUGUCGCAAUCGGACAGCGGUGGUCCUCCAUCUCCGAGGCUGUUGCCUAACAAAAGGAAGCCCGGACCAAUACCGAAGGACGUGAUCGUACGACGGCCCUCGUACUCUCCUACAAGCACGCCGCCGAGUUCGCCGAUUCCGUGGAUGGUGGAUACCAUAAAAAGUCAAGCGGCAGCGACGUCAGUUACAGCCACGUCGGCGUUGUUGGUCGUCGAUCUGGGUUCCUCGCCGAACACGGUAUGCACGAGUAACGUGCUGCCGAGCCAUGUGCCGCCGUGCUCUGUCUCGCAGCCAACAGAGAAGCUUGUGAACGGUCUCGCGGAGAUGCCGACGAUACCUAUGUUCGAACCGACGGAGCACGUUAACAACCACAUGGACACACCGCCCACUCUAACGCCUGUCGUCAAUGAUGUAAACGACGUACAGAAGGGUGAUGUUAAGAGUGAGAGAACAGACGGAGCGAAAGGCGAGUGCGGCCGGUUAUUGUCCGUUAACGACAGCGUCGUGGAGAACAAUGUGAGAAUAGGUGAUAGUGCUCCCGCCGAGGAGAGGUUGGCGAACCACGUGGAGGAGAGACCGAGGCUCGAGAGAGAACGAAAGCCGACGAAGAGGGAGUUGGAGGACAUGAGGCGACAUAAUCUGAGUAUACGAGAGCUUGUCUACAGGGAGGUUCGACGAAAGGGCAGAAAUUAUACGGCAUUGUUGUCGCAUUUGCAACAAAUUCAGGGAACUCUAGACAUACGACUCGCAUUUGUCAAAGAUAUCGUGAGAGAGUCGUUACGUUUCAAACGACGUCAUCUGGCGUCGGUGUUAGAGGAUUACCUCAAGACUAUCCAGGAAGAUACAUACGCGAAUCACAAACUGAAUCACAACGGUGCCACAAAGAUAAGUUGUUGAGAUACAUGCGUAAUCAGGGCAUUAUCUUAAUAGCGGUGGAUUAAUUAUUGUAUGAUACGAAGGAUUUUUGUGCAAGUUUUCUCCAGGGCUUGAUAGCAGUAUCAGUUUUACGAUGAAUAAGCAUACUUUUUGAUACUCGCUGGGAAGACCUGCACAAUCUGAUCGUAAAGUUCUGCGGCGAGAAUUUUGACGGCGCAAUGCUAAGGAAAUACGUUUUACUUCCAUAUACGUUUUACUUUCCAUUCUUUGGAGGAAAUCAGUUGGUAGAAGUUUCGAUUUACAUUUCUCUCUCUCUCUUUCUCUCUCUCUCUUUCUCUCUCUCUCUCUCUCUUUCUCUCUCUCUC